GUCCUCUGCUGUGGUUCUGUCUGUGCAGAGAUGGCGUGGCUCCUUCCCAGUCGAGGUUCUCCCAGACUGGUUCUGGUGGUGGUCUGCGUGGCUCUGCUGCUGGACAACAUGCUGCUCACAGUGGUCGUACCGAUCAUCCCGACGUUCCUGUACGCCAUGGAACAUCCCAGCCCAGAACCGCAGACCGCCCAGCCGUCCACGCUGGACGCUGUGACCUCACAGCCCCACUCCUCCGGUUCCGACAUCCAGCUGUCUCCUCCCAGCAGCAGAACUCCAGUCCUGGGUCCAAAGUCCCAGCAGAACAUCUGGCAGCGUCUGCUGGUGUCCCUGUUUGAGAACAUCACGGAUAACCUGCAGGAGAGCCAAACAGAACCGACAGCUCAGGGCAUCCGGACCACAGAGCUGGCGCCGUCCAACCAGACCUCCAACGCUACAGACUCCUGUCUCCAGGACAGUGCCUUCCUGGAGGAGGAAAAUGUCCGGGUUGGUUUGCUGUUUGCCUCUAAAGCUCUGGUCCAGCUGUUCAUCAACCCGUUUGUUGGUCCGCUCACCAACAGGAUCGGGUACCACAUCCCCAUGUUCGCAGGAUUCAUCAUCAUGUUUGCUUCCACCAUCAUGUUUGCUUUCUCAGGGACCUAUGCGCUGCUGUUCUUCGCUCGCUCUCUGCAGGGGAUCGGCUCAUCCUUCUCCUCUGUGGCGGGUCUCGGCAUGCUGGCCAGUGUCUACACCGAUGACGAGGAGCGAGGUGUGGCGAUGGGUGUCGCUCUGGGAGGACUUGCCAUGGGAGUUCUGAGUGAGACAGAACCGCACUUACAGGCUCCAGAACAAGAUUCCUGCUUUGGUUCCGUAUCGCUUUUGUUGGUUCUGACCCACAAUGAGCAGCUUUGUUUAUGUGUGUUCCAGAGUGUGGAGGGGACACCUUUACUGACCCUGUUAAAAGAUCCCUACAUCCUGAUCAGUGCAGGGUCUCUGUGCUUUGCUAAUAUGGGCGUGGCCAUCCUGGAACCGACGCUGCCCAUCUGGAUGAUGCAGACCAUGUGCUCCCCCAAAUGGCAGCUUGGAAUGGCCUUCCUCCCAGCCAGCAUCUCCUACCUGAUCGGGACCAACCUGUUUGGAGUUCUGGCUAACAAAAUGGGACGUGGACCAUGUUUACUGCUUCUAUUGUCGAUGCACCACGUGUUGCUGUGUGUUCCUUUUGCCACCAGCAUCUACGGUCUGAUUGGUCCAAAUGGCGGUCUGGGCUUCGCUAUUGGGAUGGUGGACUCCUCAAUGAUGGCCAUAAUGGCUUACCUGGUCGACAUCCGCCAUGCCUCUGUGUACGGCAGUGUGUACGCCAUCGCUGACGUGGCGCUCUGUAUGGGCUUUGCUAUAGGACCUUCCACAGGGGGCGCUCUGGUCCAGGCAGUGGGUUUCCCCUGUCUCAUGGUGUUCAUUGGUGUGAUCAACAUCUUGUACGCUCCACUCUGCUUCCUCUUGCGUAACCCGCCUGUUCAAGAGGAGAAAAUGGCGAUCAUUGACCAGGAGUGCAUGAUGCACAGGAAGAGCUACAACACAAACAAAGACAGCCGUGAGUUUCCCCUGAGCGACUACAGUGAAGAGGAAGAGACGGAGGAGUGAAGGUGUCUGCGCUGUGAUGUCGUCUAAAGACCCGCUUUGAUUUCUCCUUUCCACUUCCUGUCCUCAUUGUCUGAAACAUGGGAGGUUUUCAGAAAAACAUGGACGUAGUUUGAAGCUGCUGAUGGAACCGGCAGGUUCUGUUCAUGCGAACCCUUCAAUGGUUCUGGUCCGUCUGUGUUCACUUUGUCCAAACUAACAGGAAACAUCAACAGGCUUCAUGUUUACUGUCUUCUCUGAUGUUGCUGUGACGUGUUCUUAAUGUGAUCUUCUUCUGGAGCCGUCUGAUGACAUCACAGCACCAUGAUGAGUCAGAACCUGCUCAAUGUUUCUGCUGUUUCU